AUGGCCUCAAAGAUCAGAUGUAAUUAUGAAAUCCUAGGAGUAGAGCGUGAUGUCACUGUGGAUGAUUUGAAGAAGGCAUACAGAAAAUUAGCACUGAAGUUCCAUCCAGACAAAAAUCCUGACAAUAUAGAAGAAGCCACUGCUCAGUUCAGAUUGGUGCAGCAAGCGUACGAAGUCCUGAGUGAUCCACAAGAGAGAGCUUGGUAUGACAAGCACAGGGAAGCUAUCCUUAGAGGAGGUUUGGGCAAGGGAGACAAGUACGAUGAUAACAGUGUGGAUAUUUUCCCCUAUUUCAACUCAUCCUGUUACUCUGGAUAUGGGGAUGAUGAAAAUGGAUUCUAUGCCGUUUAUAGCAAAGUUUUUGAGUCUCUGGCCGAGGAGGAUUAUGCUUUCAUGCCAGAAAGAAAAGCAGAUGAAGAGUUCCCCAAGUUUGGUAACUCCCAGUCAGAUUAUGAUGAGGUUGUUGGCCCCUUCUAUGCAUUUUGGUCCAGCUUCUGCACGAGUAAGUCAUACGUGUGGGAAGAAAAGUACGACACACGAGAAGCUCCUGACAGGCGGUGCCGGAGGGCCAUGGAAGCUGAGAACAAGAAGUUGAGAGAGGCUGCUAAAAAAGAAAGAAAUGAGGAAAUUCGGAGUCUUGUUGCAUUUGUGAAAAAGCGAGACAAAAGAGUUCUGGCGUACAAGAGAAAGCUGGAGGAAAGGCAUGCUGAAAUUGAAAAGAAGACUCGAGAAAAAAGGGAAGAGGAUCUGAGGAAUCAAAAAAGGAGACUGGAAAAUUAUCAAGAAGCUGGUUGGUCAUCCAUGUCUGGACUAGAAAAUGACCUGCAGCAGCUGGAAGCUCAUUUAGAUGAACACUUUGGAGAAAAUGAGAACGUUUCAGAUGAGCAGGUGGAAAAUGGAUUUGAAGCAGAAGAAAAUGGAGAAGAAGAUGACACAGUUUACUAUGAUGAUCUCUACUGUGUUGCUUGCAAUAAAGCUUUCAAAAGUGACCGAGCGUUUUCCAACCAUGAAAAUUCCCGCAAGCACAAAGAGAUGAUGGCUGUACUCGCUGAAGAAAUGCAACAUGAGGAUGCAGAAAAUCAAGACACUGUAGGCGGGAAUAUAGAAGAUGAAGGUGAUGCUGCUGGGAAAACAGAAACGAAAACUGAAAGUGAUCAGGUGGAUGCUAAUGGUAUUAAAGAGGAACUUUUAUCUUCAGAAGAUGAACUGUUUGACCAAAAACAAAAGCUGUCUAAGAAAGCAAAGAAGAAACGUCGAACGAAAGUCUUGCUUGAUGCAGAAGAAGAUAUCUUGUGUGAGGAAAUAGCAGAAAUUAAUUUGUCUAAUGAUAUUAUCAGUGCAAGUUCCAAGAAGCAGAAGAAGAAAGCUGCAAAGAUGAAUUCUUUAAAGGUUACAGAUGAUGUAGAAAACAAACCAGAUGACAGUCCAAGUAAAGAGACAACAGAUGAGACAGGGAAUGAAGAACCAGUUGCUGACACAAAGGUGUUGGUAGAGGACUCAGGAAAUGCUGAGCAUGAUAACCUGACUCCGGAUGUAGAAGAUGAAAAUUGUAAACCCAAAGGGAAAAAUAAAACUUCAAAGCCUAAAGAAGCAGUCAGAUGUCAUGUCUGCCAGCGAGGCUAUGUAUCCAGGAAUAAACUGUUUGAACAUAUCAAACAGACAGGCCACGCCUUGAGAGUAGAUGCUGUGGAAAACGGGAGUGGUGCUGCAGACACGGAUGAUGACAGAGGAAAGAAAGGAAAAAGAAGAAACAGAAGAUGA